AUGUAUACCUCCAUGAAUCUGGCACUCACUUGGUGGUGCAAUUAUUCACCCCUAAAAAGUUCGUUAGCGCGGUACUUAGGUGGUAAAGCAUUGAUCUGUAACCACCAGACAACCAUCUCGAUGCUAGAUGUGGAGGAUGAAAAUCAACGCAUCCCGCCUUAUCGCUGUGGACACCUUCCCUUACCCAUUCCACAUUCCACUGUCAACCCUUUUGUCAUCCUCGUUUCUCAAUAUCCCACCAAACAACCUGCCGCGCGACCUGGAGAUACUGUCAUCUUUACGGCCGCUCUCCCCCUAGGAUCCGUAGGUUGCAAGAAAGGCAACCUCGGCAGUGGACGGGAAAUGGGUCUUGAUGAACGCCUUUUUCGCUCAUCCACCCAGUGGGCAUCCGUUACUCCUCGUGCGGGUACGCAUCACGGCGACGCCGGUCAAAAGCUGCCUUGCAGCCCGGGCUUCAGAGCCUGGUCGGCUCGCGUGACCGUAACCUCUCAGCAUCCAGAACCACCCUCCGGAAAUACCAUCUGGGCCCGGGAAUAUCCUACCACUACAAAUAUCAAGGUGAGCUUCAAGCUGUUCCACAAUCUGCACACACUUUCUGCACCUCAUUACUCAUGA